AUGGAGAUCAAAUCAGUGUUGAUCGUAGAUGGUGUUGGUCCAGUCUGUGCUGACACCCUGACUUCUCACGGAAUCAGUGUCACUACUAAACCUAAAAUUACCAAAGAAGAGCUUCUACAGGAAAUCCCCAAACACAACGCCCUGGUGGUACGAUCAGCUACUCAAGUCACCGAGGAAGUCCUUGCCGCGGCAAAGAAUCUCAAUGUCGUGGGACGCGCUGGUGCAGGCGUGGAUAACAUCGAUGUAAAUGCUGCUGGAAAGAAAAAUGUUAUGGUUAUCAAUGCCCCCGGUGCUAACGCUAUGAGUGCUUGCGAGCUUACAUGUGGGCUGAUAUUAGCAUUAGCGAGACACGUAGUACCUGCUGCCACAUCUCUCAAGGCUGGAAGGUGGGAUCGUGCGCUGUACACAGGGACAGAAGUUAACAACAGAACCUUGGCCGUGCUCGGACUUGGAAGAGUUGGCAGGGAAGUGGCUGUCCGCAUGCGAAGCUUCGGAAUGAAGGUUAUUGGUUUCGAUCCCUACGUUACUAGUCAACAGUGCCAAGAGUUUGGGGCCACCAAGGUGGAGUUGUCAGAAGUUUGGCCCCAAGCCGACUACAUCACUCUGCACAUGCCCCUGAUCGAUUCCACUCGCAGCUUUAUCAACAAGGAGGUACUUAAUUCUUGUAAGAAGGGUGUGAAAAUUGUGAAUGUCGGACGAGGUGGUUUAAUUCACGAACCUGAUUUCUUGGAGGCACUCAAAGAAGGAAAGGUUGGUGCCGCAGCUCUUGAUGUGUUCGAAGAGGAACCGCCGAAAAAUCCUCUCACUCUUGAAAUUAUCCAGCAUCCAGCAGUUGUCGCUACACCUCAUCUCGGUGCGUCUACAAAGGAAGCCCAAGUUCGAGUUGGUCAAGAGAUUGCCGAGCAAUUGGUGAACUUAGUGAAACCCGGAACUUACAAGACACCACUUGCUGAAGUUAAGCCUUCGAAUUAA